GUCGGAGUCGGGUGGGAAACUUGGUAGCACCGUAAAGAAUCGCCACCAUGCGGGUCGCCAUCAGCCUCCUGUUUUGUCUCGUCAUUGUGUUGUAUGUGGCUGCUGUUGGAGGGAGGAAAGUUAGAAAGAGGUGUAAGCCUCUGGAGUUUGCCGACGUCACAUCGGAUUGCGACAAGGACCCAAACGCAGACGGGUGGUACCCAGAUGGAACCGUCUGCACCUUUCAAUGCAGGAUGGGGUGUGUAAAGGACGUAGGAGGUACACGGAGGGUGUGCAAGGUCAAGGGCAGGUCUAAGUGGUGGACUGGAGGACGCGGAUUGCGGUGUAAAUGCAAGCCCUGUGAAGAUGCCCCGCCAACUAUACCGAACACAGUUGGUCCUGACUGCACGUCUCCCUACGAGGCUGGUGACACCUGCACCUAUCAAUGCGCUCCCGGGUAUACCAGGGAGGGUGGGAACAACGACAAGACGUGUGUGAAUGGAAAAUGGAAGGGAGAAGACCUCAUGUGUGUCGCAGAUGCUGAUGAGUGUGCUUCUAAUCCAUGCGAAAAUGGCGGUACAUGUACGGCCGGCGACAGCGGGUACACCUGUACAUGUGUGGACGGGUAUACUGGAGAUAACUGUGAAACAGACAUUGAUGAUUGUGCUCCUAAUCCGUGCAACAAUAGCGGCAACUGUACGGAUGGAGUCAACAGUUAUACUUGUGACUGUGUGGACGGGUUUGCAGGAGAUAACUGUGAAAUAGUUGUCGAGGACGGAAACUGGGCCACGUGGUUAUCCUGGGGGAGCUGUGGCGUCUCUUGUGGGGGCGGAGUCCAGACCAGGACCAGGACCUGUGACAACCCUCCGCCGACCAUCGGAGGGGCAGACUGUGUCGGGAACCCAUCAGAGACCAGACCUUGUAACGAAUGGCAGUGUCCAGACUGCUCGCGUACCUGCGAGGUGGGGACGUUGAACGAUGCCUGUGGCUGCACCUGUGAUGGUCAUGUCCUGACCGGCCAUGUGACGGACACCAGACGUGUUCCUCUCGGUGACGCUGAAAUCCGCCUCGCCGAGAACCCGCUUGAGGUCGUGACGCACACCGACGCCCUGGGGGACUUCACGUUGACUGGGGCCUGCGCACAAGGCGUAGACAUCAUCGUGAGGAGGGUGGAGUACUUCGAAGCUCACGCUACAUCCACCGAACAAGAUGAAACGACCUCAUAUGUGCGAGUUAACAUGACUGCUCUAGUGCCACCGAUAAUAACUGAACAUCCCCAGUCGAAGAAACGCCUGGUCGGACAGGACGUCACUUUCUGCUGUGAUGCACACGGAAAGCCGCCGAUCUCUUCUUAUGAAUGGUUCAAAGACGGACUAGUGUUAGACGAGGAUGUGUACGGGUACAACGACACGCUCACCAUCGAGAACCUGGCUGUUGACGAUUCCGGUGUGUACCGAUGCCGAGCCAACAGUGAUGCCGGGUCCAAGUAUUCAGACGAGGCAACACUUGAGGUGGAAGAGGACAGCCUGAGCUCCUGUCCCGUGCAGCCUGUAGAGAACCUGAUCAGCCUGCCGGAUGACUGUGUCCAGGAGGACACCAACAGCACCGGGUACGACAUCGGCUCCUGCGGCGGGGACGACUGUGUGGGAGACCUGGGCGGAGCAGACAGGAUGUGCGUGGACACCAAGAGAUUCUGCUGCGUUCCUACCAGCACAGAGACACGCACGGUAUACUGUUCUGGUUAUAGUUUAAACGUUACAGUUACAACAGAGUGUGGGUGUGGAAGUUGUGUCAAAACCUUUACCAAACGAAUCCAGGGAAGGGCGUACGGUGUGAACCGUACCAAUAACGCUAGCACCGAGGUCCCGCUAACCUAUGGUGCGGUUAUCAUGGGCGGUCAAGUAGUUGACUACACCAGUGAGACAGGCAUGUUCGAAUUUACCACAGAAACAACUGCUAGUAAGAUUUCUCUGACCUUUCGAGAUUAUUUCAAGAUCCUAGUGACCAGUACCAGAGUGCUUUCCUUGACAGGUAGUGACACGUUAAACUUUGAUGUAGUUCUGAAGCUGAGACCUCCCCCGGUAACAAUAAUGGCUACAGAGACAAGUGUUAUAGACCUGGGGACAGUGGAGGGGGUUGAGCCUCUUGCUGAGAUUGACGUUCCGGCGAAUUCUUUCUUUACGUCGGAUGGAAAUUUGUUUGAGGGUGAGGUAAAGGCCUCUGUUUCGUUUGUUGACCCCAGAAAUGAGGAAGAUUUUGAGUCUAUUCAGGGAGAGCUAACAGCCGUUGAUGUAGAGGGGCAAGAAAAUACGAUGCAGACUUUCGGUAUGUUCACGAUGGACUUUGAAACUGAAGAAGGCGCCAGUCUCGAACUAGGAGCCAAUCUUACUGUUCACAUCGAUCCCUCUGAAUCACAAAUCGAUAUUAAUGACGUUGAUGAAAACGGUAAUUUGAGAGCGAAGAUUUGGAGUUUGGAUACAGACAGUGGUCUGUGGCAAGAGGCGGGGAAUCUGAGGGUGGGGACAGCAUCAAGGAGGAGGAAAAGGUCAACAUUUAUCAUUGGGGAGUUUCUGUACAUUGCUGAUAGGCCAUGGAAUUUUGAUCAGAUUGAGCCAUAUGACAGGCGCUGCUACGUCAAGAUCCGCGCCUACCAGAGUGUUGCAAAUUUUGUGUAUUCCAAGGCCACGGGUGUACCUACAGGUGUGGUCAACAAUGCCGACGUUGCAGUGAUAACAACAAGCAACACGGGUGGGUUUAGUCGGAGCAACUCUUUGAGCGUGUAUCAAAGGGGUUUUACAUCUUCAUAUUAUGGAGGCGGGAUAUGCUUAGAAGCAUUGUGCGAACCCACCGGCAACGAUUUCAGUGCCAGAGUUAAUGUCGUGAAAGAUAGCAUGCACUUCGUGGCCGUAGACAAAAGUCUGUAUACAGGCUUUAGCGCUGAUUUCUACAAUAGAAUUGAGAUAAAAGACGAAGGGAAGACUCUGAGUUUUGAUGUGUUUAGACCAGAUCAUAGUAAUGGCCCCAUUUACAGGUAUGACGAUUACAUUACCGGCCGCCGGUGGUGGUAUAGCUACCACAGAUGCCGUCGUUCGACCGUAGCCGACAACCACUUUGCCUUUGUAAACACCGUUUACCAGCCGUACGUUUUCCCACCGUACACCUUCGAUCAAAACCAGUACAGUCAACCGAUCACUGUGACGUCCUGGUAUCCCAAUGAAAAUGAGUUUAAAAGGGUUUGCUUCAUCAAAGUGUUUGUAAAAUUUGACACCGAAUAUGCACAUACAGAAAUUCGCAUCACAAGUAGGGGUGGGGGCGUCUAUGCGCCAAAUACUGGCGUAAUCUAUGGUAUAAGAGAGGAUAGAACAAAGACAAAUCCUAAUGAUCCAAAAUGGUUUGUCUGUGUUGAAUUUAAAUGCCCAGGUCCAAUUCUCGAGAGCCAACCCGAUGGCACUACUAGCCCUCCAUACCCCGGCGCAAACGACAACACCAGAAUCACUGUUGUUGCAAGGAACAAUAUUUGCAAACAUGAUAGUCGGCUUACGUCCACAAUGACAGCGGGGAUAGAUACUGACUUACUGCUCGAGGUAAGCGACGUUGUCAGGAAUGAGAACACGGUUGAGUUCACCGUCCCCAAUGGUAAUGACUUCGGUAGGGACUAUGGAACUUACGUAAAGACAGGCAGUGGAUAUACGGGCUAUGGUGAGGCUUUAGAAUAUUGCCGCAGUGGGUCUGACACAGGUGGGACUGGUAAUCCGCUGGUUUAUAACAUGUACCACGCCAUCAGGUUUAACUGUGGGGAUUUCGAGUUUACCACGGAGAGGCCCGGUGUCGUUACUGAGGCUGGGGAGGAUAGCACACAGGGUUCAUGGAUAAUACAAUGAAACUAGUUAGUGACGUUCCUCAUUGAGGUCCUUGAAGAUGCCAUACGUAUCGAAAGCUGCUUUGUUUAACGGGGCUACACCUGAAUAUAGCAUCAACAGCUAACUGCAAGAUGACAAAAUCAGGCGGGUGGGGUCUGAUUAGUUUCCAUUCGCUUAACCCCUCUUGUGUAGAAAACGUAGUCUUAAACGUUAUCAGCUAGUUCACUAUAAGCUUUAGUGCAGUUAGCUUGAAACGUUGUCAUAGAUUUACAUCAGAUUGACUUAAAGGUUUAUAAAAAGAGCCGUGAAAGCCAACAGUUUCUGCAGACAUUGCAAGUAGCUUAGAAGAGGCUUUGUAUGUGGUGAUGAGUGAUGCCAGUUUUGGUGUAUUACUGUUAACUGGUAUGGGCACGUGUAGAGAUGUUAUGAGACUGCGGGUUAUGAUCAGUAUGCUAUGACACCUUAAAUUUGCUACCUUAUGG